AUGGCAAUUAUUAACCUUAACUGUGUCCUCAUUAAUGAUAAAGGAAAAUACUCUGAAGAUGAAGUUUUUACAAUUGAAAUUUCUGAAAAUAAAAAGUAUGAAUUGCUUAAACAUAUGGUAAAAAAACGCUUGGCACCUUUAUUUGAUUUUAUUCCUUCUACUCAAAUCAUUCUACGUUCAUUUUCCAAUG